CACUGUGUUAUCACUGACUUAGACUAGGUGUGAGGCCUUGUUUGUGUUUUAGUUUGGAAUCAGACUGGAUUUAUUUCUAAAGUAGGAAUUUAUAAAACACCAUAUUGACUGACUGUCUAUAAAUUGUGAGCAUUUUUCAGAAAAUAAAAUGUAUGUGCAAAUACAAAUGCACCCCAUAGAUUCACAUGUGUGUGUGUAUGUCUGAGUGAGUGUGUCUGUAUACAUGUGUGAGAGCAUAUAGUGUGGUGGGGUCACCUGUAGUUAAGAACAUCGAACAUGGAACAGUACAACACAGUACAGGCCCUUUGGACCACAAUGUUGUGCCAACCUAUUAUCCUGCUAAGCUCAAUCUACUGCUAUGCAUACCCUACAUUUUACUAUCCUCCAUGCUAUUCAAGAGUCGCUUAAAAGCCUCUAAAGUAUCUGACUCCACUACCACUGUUGGCAGCACAUUCCACAUCCCCACCACUCUCUGUGUAAAGAGCCUACCUCUGACAUCUCCCCUAUACCUUCCUCCAAUCAUAAUAGUCAUUUCCGCCCUGGGAAAAAGUCUCUGAAUAUCCACUCUAUCUAUGCCUCUCAUCAUCUAGUAAACCUCUAUCAAGUCACCUCUCAUCCUUCUUUGCUCCAAUGAAAAAAACCUUAGCUCCCUCAACCUUUCCUUACAAGACCUGCCCUCCUGUCCAGGCAGCGUCCUGGUAAAUCUCCUCUGCACCCUCUCUAAAGUUUCCAUAUCUUUCCUAAAAUGAGGUGACCAGAACUGAAUACAAUAUUCCAAGUAUGGUCUAAGCAGAGUUUUAUAGAGCUGCAACAUAACCUCAUGGCUCUUAAACACAAUUUCCCUGCCAAUGAAAGCCAGCACACCAUACACCUUCUUUACAACCCUAUCAACUUGGGUAGCAACUUUGAGGGAUCUAUGGAUGUGAACCACAAGAUCCGUACGUUCCUCCACACUGCCGAGAAUCCUGCCAUUAACCCUGUAUUCUGCAUUCAAAUUCGACCUUUUAAAAUGAAUCACUUCACACUUUUCUGGGUUGAAUUCCAUCAGUCUCUUCUUUGCCCAGCAAACAGUGGAAUUAAACAGAUGAGGGCAGUCUGCCUGGAAGAAUCACAAAUAGCACAGGGAUAUGAGCACAAAAUGAAGAAAGAUUAGUUAUUAUCUAAUGUAACUCUAAAUCAGAUAUUAGGUCUACCAUGUAUUAAAGUGUAAUAAAUAGUGUUACUUUGAAGCCCAAGCCUGAAGACAGACAUUGACAGUGACUUCUCCUUGACCAACCUGCCUCAAACCCAACUCAUAUUGAUUGGUUUGAAGUCAUACUAAAAGAAGCAGCAAAUAAACAAUGCUUGCAAUGCUAAUAUCUUACUGCUUCCCGUUCUCUCAUCAGUGUUCAAUGCAGCCAGUGUAUUAAUCCCAGAUCAUAAAGCCAAUAACUUCUGUUUCAAGUUAGACAUUAAUAGAUCUGUAAUUACACAAGACAUCAAGGUAUAUGGGUACAGAACGGGAAUAUGGAGUUAUGGUUGAUGAUCAGACCUGAUCUAAGUUAGCACAACAGGCCUAGUAGCUGAAUGGUACCACUCCUGCUGUACAAUCUGAUGUUUUAAAUUCAAUCUUACCAUUUUUUAGGCCACAAGUUUCAAGAUGUCAAAGAAGCUGUUGCUCUUAGACGUUGACUGUGGGGUGGAUGAUGCGCAAGCAAUUAUGAUGGCUCUUGCAGCUCCUAACGUGCAGAUCCUGGGUAUAACAUGCACUCAUGGAAAUACAAGCAUUGAACAUUUGUGUAAGAAUGUACUUCGAGUGCUGAAGGUUUGCCAGAGGACAGAGAUUCCUGUAUAUCGUGGUGCAGAUGCAUCUAUUCUAGAAGAUCAGCUAAAUGGUGGCCAGUACCAUGGAAAGGAUGGUCUAGGUGAUGUUCCAGAUUGUAAUGCUCCAGGUUUGGAACACAUACAAGCUGAACAUGCAGUAAAUGCCAUCAUAAGAACAGUCACUGAACAUCCUGGUCAGGUCUCACUUGUGGCUACUGGCCCCCUGACCAAUGUUGCUCUGGCAUUUAAAAUGGACCGCACAUUUCCAUCGAAGUUAAAGCAUUUAUACAUCAUGGGAGGAAACAUGGAAAGCAGGGGGAAUGUUGCGAUCUGUUCUGAAUUUAACUUUGCAUCAGACCCUGAAGCAGCUUAUAUUGUCUUGAAUCAUUUUGCUUGCCCCAUGUAUAUUGCAACUUGGGAAUACUGUAUUCGUCAUGUACUGCCUUGGGAGUUUUUUGAGGAGUGGGUAAACCAAGACACUGAGAAAGCUUGCUUCAUGAAGAAGAUAACUGCUCACAGUAAAAAAUUUGCCAAAGGCAAGCAAAGCAAAGGAGAGAUGUAUUUUGAACCUGGCUUUGUGUCCUGUGAUUCUUUUGCAAUGGCAGCUGCAAUUGAUGAGAGUGUUGUCACAGAACACAUACGAUAUGGAGUAAGCGUGGAGUUACAAGGUUCAGUGACCAGAGGGAUGAUGAUUGUGGAUACACUUAACCUACUACAAAAAGAAAAUCAAGCUUUUAUUAUGACAAAAUGUGAUGUUGAGAAGUUAAAGCAGCUCAUGAUGUCUGCUCUGAAGUAGCAGGCUUAAUAACAUCAGCAAAAAGAAAAUUGAUCACAACUAACGAUAGACUUUCUAGAGAGCUCGUUGUGUCUUUGCCUCUGUUGACAAGUUAUUUUUCCUGUUUCCUAUAGAAUUGCGAGAAUGUUUCUUUCACUGCUUCCUAUUUGUGCCACUUCCCUUAAUAUUUUUUUCUAAAAGCAUAGGGUGGGACUCACUGGAUUGUAGGGGCUCUCUUCUAAAUCAUCCAACCUGUUCAUUUUCAUUUUUUACUGCAGGUUUUGAAUAUUGGCAGACCAGUGCUAAUGUUCACAGCUAAAUCAGAUUUACCCGAUGAAAUAACUCCAAGUCACUCUCUACUUACACAUGAAAACUCCUUCACCCUAGCAUAGCCUCAUCAGAGUCAGCACACAGAGUGGACUGUCUGAGACUCCUGUUCUUCCCUGUCGGCCAGGGCUCCCUGAACAGAUCAGGUUAACAGCCUCGAUCAGGGAUGUCAUAUUCUAUGGGGUCCAGCUGGUUGACCUUGUUACAAUCACAGCACCAAAUUUCUACAUGCCCGCUUUAGCCCUGAUCACUGGAUAAUCACAGCAACAGAGCCUUUGAGAUAGUAGGAACUACCAAUGCCGGAGUCAGAGAUAACAAGUGUGGAGCUGGAGGAACACAGCAGGCCAGGCAGCAUCAGAGGAAUAGGAAAGCUGAGGUUUCGGCUCAGGACCCUUCUUCAGAAAUCUUUGUUGAGUUUGUGUUGCUUCCUGGAAACGGUUAAAAUGCUUCUAAUGCUGGAUAAACUAUCUUAACUCAGAGUAGAAAUGUGACAUACUACCUUUGCUGACUGACUUAGUGGGUAUAGACAGAUGGUAGCAAAACAAUAAUGACACAAUUUGUAAUAUAUAUUGCGCCUUUAAUGGAAUAAAGAUCCCACAGAACAUCAGGGCAGUAUAAUAGAUUUUUUUUAAAUGCGGAGAAGUGGAAGUAUACAUGACCUAAAACUUGAAAAAGGUGGUCAAUUUUGAAGACUGUCUUAAAGGAGAAGGGGGAGAUGAGAUGAAAUCAUAGAAUUGUAGAAUCCCUACAGUGUGAAAGCAGGCCACUUGUCCCACCCAGCCGAACCCCUUACCCUGUCCCUGUAACCCUGCUUUUCCCAUGGCAAGCCCACCUGCACAUCUCUGGAUAUUAUGUGGAGAGAUUUAGAGAGCAAAUUCCUUGGACAAGCUGUCAGUACAGUUUUAAGGUUUAGUCUGAACUGGUACCAUCACAAUUACCUGGAGUUUCAGAAAAUAUAGCAGAGUUCCCAAAUAAAAAUGAUAUUUUAAGAGUGGAGGUGGCCCAGGCUGUAACUUUAUUCUGCUUCAUUUCAUUAAUUAAUGGGACCAUGAUUGGCAAUAUAAUGUAUUGUUUUAAGAAGUUUAUCAAUUAUGAAAUAACUAACUAAUCUAACACCAGUCAUGCGCAAACUCUGACAUCCUCUGGUUCAAGGCUAACUUUGUUCAAGUUAAAAUCUGUUUAAAUCGUAUGGGUUAUCUAGAACACUGCAUGGUGUUGAGUAAGCCACACAUUAAUAGUAAAUCUUAUUUAAAAGUUUGAGUUACUUUUUUCGUAGAAAAGACCAAUUCAUCAGAGGGAACACAGUACUUGUCGCACGUGUUUUUGUUUUUGAUAUGGUUUCAAAACAAUCUUCAGCCAGAAGUGGAUAAGCUACCUCGGCCUCUGCCACUGGUUCCCAGAAUCGCAGAUGCCAAUCUUCAGCCAAUUCGAUUCAUUCCAUGUGAUAUCAAGAAACAGUUGGAAGCACUGGAUACCAAAAAGGGUAAUAAUGUGCCCUGACAACAUUCUGGCAAUAGUACUGAAGACUUGCGCUCCAGAACUUGCCUAAUCCCUAGCCAAGCUAUUCCAGUACAGCUGGCAUCUACUUGACAAUGUAGAAAUUUGCCCAUGUAUAUCCUGUAAAAGCAACCUCAAAAGCACUCAAGAAGAUAGACACCAUCCUGGACAAAGCAGCCCAUCUAAUUAUCACCCCACUAGUCUACUCUCAAUCAUCAGUAAUAUGAUGGAAGGUGUCAUCAACAGCGCAAUCAAACAGCACCUACUGAGCAAUAGCUUGCUCACUGAAGCCUAAUUUGGAUUCCAUCAGGGCCACUCAGCUCCUGACCUCAUUGGAGCCUUGGUUCAAACACCAACUAAGGAGUUGAAUUCCAGAGGUACAGUGAGGGUGACAAUCCUUGACAUCAAGGCUACAUACCACUGAAUGUGACAUCAAGGAAUCUUAAUGAAACUGGAAUCAUUGUGAAUCAUGGAGCAAAAUGUCUGCUCGUUGGAGUCAUACCUAGCACAUAAGAUAGUUAUGGUUGUUGGAGGUCAGUUAUCUCAGUUUCAGGACUUCUCUGCAGUAGCUCCUCAGGGUAGUAUUCUAGGCCAAAAUACCUUCAGCUACCUUAUUCAUGACCUUCCUCCAUCGUAAGGUCACAAGUGGGGAUGUUCACUGAUAAUUGCACAAUGUUCUGCAAAACUCUUCAGAUAUGGAAGCACUCCAUGUUUAAAUGCAACAAGAAUUGGACAUUAUCAAGGCUUGGACUGACAAACAGCAAGUAACAUGCAUGCUACACAAAUGUCAAGCAAUGUCCAUGUCUAAUAGGAAACAAUCUAACCACUGCCCCUUGACAUUCAAUGGCAUUACCAUCACUGAAUCUCCAAUUAUCAACAUCCUGAGGCUAUGGUUGAUCAGAAACUCAACUGGAACUUGCCAUAUAAAGUGGCUAUAAGAGCAGGUCAGACACUGGGAAUACUGUGGUGAGUAACUCAUCUCCUUACUCCCCACAGCCUGUCCACCAUCUACAAGGCACAAGUCCAGGAGUGCGUUGGAGUACUUCCCACUUGCCUGGAUGUGUGGAGUUCCAACAGCUGUCAAGAAGCUUGACACCAUCCUGCACAAAGAUUGAUUGGCACCACAUCCAUAUGCGUCAACUCCCUCCACCACCAAUGCUCAAUAGCAGCAGUGUUUACAAUCUAUAACUACAAAAAUACAUCCAAGAUCUUUUGACAGCAUCUUCCAAACCCAUGAUAACUUCUGUCUAGAAGGACAAUGCAGUAGAUACAUGAGAGCACCACCAUCUGCAAAUCCCCUUCAAGUCACUCACCAUCCCGACUUGGAAAUAUAUCGCCAUUCCUUCACUUGCUGAGUCAAAGACCCUAACAGCAUUGGGGUCUACUUACAGCACAUGGACUGCAGUAAUUCAAGAAGGCAGCCCACCAUUACCUUUUCAAGAACAACUAAGGUUGGGUGUAAAAUGCUGGCCACCAGCAACACUCAUAUCCACAACAGAAGAAAAAAAUGGUGUCUUCUAAGAUACUUGUUAGAAAAAUCAGGCAUUUGUUGCAGAAAGGACAACAACAGCAUGGAUAGAAAUUUAAUCGCCAGUAGGAGAAGUGGGUGCUCACAUUCAAGCAAGGUGAGAGCUCAGGGAAUCAGUGUGAGUCCAACUUUAUGCUCAGUUUAUUGUCACAACCAUGUAAUUAUAAUAUCGCAAGUGUUUUUCUUUAAGUGCUUAGGGCGGCUCUCUUAUUGGAGAGAGGCAGCUGGUGGUGAUUGAACCUGAGGAUCACCACACCUGAGGUGAGGGGCGAGGUUGAGAAGGAGAGUCCUUCAUGGCAAUCUCAGCUGGUGCAGCAUUUGAACCCAGGCUUUUGGUAUCACUGCAUAGCAAACUUGCCAACUGAGUGAAUUGACUCCCUUCCUACUUUGUAAAGAAGGCUAAUGUAACUUUAAAUGGGCACAGAAAAGUAAAAAGGUGCCCCCAAGAUAGAAAACGUAGACCGCAAGUGCAGGAAUAGACCAUUCAGCCCUUUGAGCCUGCAUCACCAUUUAAUAUGACCAUAGCUGAUGUCAGAUGACUGCUGUUGUUGAUUCACAGCAGCCAGACAAACAAUCAGAUUGAUGUGUCAUCUCUGCAUCAAUCACAUAGGGAGACACUUCAAAUCUGAUACACAAUGGAUCCUUCUAUAGAUCCAUUCUAUAAGAAUUCAAAACUUCUCAGAGAACAAGAGACUGAAAGGACACCAUAGGAAAUUCCAGGGUAACUUACUUUGUUUUAUGAACAAUGGUUCACGUAGCAGUCAUUUUGCUUUGGUAAGACAAGCUGUGAGGCACUCAUUUUUCAGAAGUCCAAGAAGAAAUCUGAAAGUUACAAUCAGAGGGUAGGUAUUCUCAAUAAGGAAAUGGAAGGAGGUGUACUAGCAAUGGGACUGUUAUGCUGAACAAGGUUGAGAGGGAUCAAAGCAAACAGUGAUGUUAAAGUAAAACAAUGGAUCCUUCACUGUCUUUCAGAAUCUUCUCAGUCCACGUGUGGAAGAAACCUCCAUCUGUUCGACUGCAGUAGCUGCAGAAUUCUGGCUUCAAGUUUUCAACUUGGAAACAAAUCUUCAAGCAACCCAGUUCUGCAAUAAUCUUACUCUGAUUUUUAUGAAUAUCUUUUAUCCAUGCCUACCUGCAGUCUUUGUAUCGAGAUUUUUACUAACAACUUUGUACUUAGUAACUUUUCACAGUAGUUGUGUAAUAAACUACUCUUUGAUCGUGUUUAAGACUAAAGCUUUGCUAGUUAUUUUUAAGUUGGAACUGAUAACUACAGAAUGUUUCCUGCUCAAAGAUAUGAGCAUAAACGUCUCAGACUGACUUCCAUUGUUUCUAAAAUCAUGUACCACUGUUUUAUAGUUAAUACCAAAGAGUCAGGUUGGGAAUAUGAAUUGUGUAUGUAUUUUCUAUCUGGUACCCUUUAUGUUGUAGUGUUACUCAAAGCACAUAAUUAAUAUUAGUACUUAUGUCUCCUGUACCAUUUAGCUUCAUGUCUCCAGUGCUUUGAUAUUUGAUCUGACAAGACAGUGACACGCAUUCCUGUAUCAAGCUUAAAAUCAAUGCGAUGUCCAUUGGCAUAAAGAAGUUCUAUCGAACUUGAGGCAGUUGAAUGACUAGUUUCUUCUGGAAAUGCCUCCAGUAUC